AUGGCUUCCUCCUCAACAUCUUCAUGCUCUCCACCAGAAGGCCGUAUGGGGGAGUACAUGGCCCGGUUGUCUGAGAGCAUUGCUGCAAGGAGUGCAUCACGGGAUAGAGAGCGGACCCGUGAACAGGCCGAGGUUGACGAAGCUAUGCAACUUUUACGAGAAGAUGGUGUGCCAUCUACUUCAGACAUGUUCUUCUUUGCAACGGAUUUGUUCGAGGACUCAGUGACCCGGCGGGUGUUCAAGAAUCUGCUGACAUCUGAAGAACGUAUGGCUUGGCUGACAUAUCAAAUGAACAAGAACAACAAGUAG